GAAGAGAAAAAGCAAAAGCAAAAGACACUUGUGUUAAUUCAAUUAACUCAAAUUUAUGAAAUGGUAUUUUAGACAUAGUUAAGUUUAUAACAAAACUUAAUAUACUACUAAUAGUUUUAUUCCCAAAGUAACAUGCUUUCAAUUUCCGUUCCGUAUGCAGCAAUUAAUGGAAUGUUUGAAGCAUGGCCUGAAUGAUUCAGUCAUUAUGAUUCAGUCAAACUACAAGUGGUGACAGGCUGCUAUUGUUGCCAAACAGGAAAAAAUCUGAAGACCGUAUAAAAGCUACACACAAGGAACAUGUCACUUGGUACCUUCCCUUUUUGAUCCCUACAGAAGAUGAUGAGAAGUCACGUCUUAACAAUGACAGCGACGACUCCAGUCAGCAGCCGGCCCUGCUCCUCCCCGGGAGCGUGCUUUAUAACGAACCACAGCCUCCAAUCGCCACACAACUUCUCAGGAGCAUCGAAUUUUACUGCCUGUCCCAUGGAUGAGAAAUUACUCUCUAGUGUGUUAACAGCAUUCUACUCGGUUAUUUUCAUCGUGGGACUGAUUGGAAACAUAAUUGCCCUCUAUGUAUUUCUGGGUAUUCACCGCAAACGAAAUUCCAUUCAGAUUUACCUCCUUAACGUAGCCAUUGCAGACCUCUUACUUAUCUUCUGCCUCCCUUUCCGAAUAAUGUAUCACAUUAACCAAAACAAGUGGACAUUAGGUGUGAUUCUUUGCAAGGUUGUGGGAACACUAUUCUAUAUGAACAUGUACAUUAGCAUUAUUUUGCUUGGAUUCAUCAGUCUGGAUCGCUACAUAAAAAUUAAUCGGUCCAUACAACAGCGGAAGGCGUUAACAACCAAACAAAGCAUUUAUGUUUGCUGUACAGUAUGGACGGUUGCUCUUGUUGGAUUUUUAACUAUGAUUAUUUUAACCCUUAAGAAAGGAGGUCACAAUUCCACAAUGUGUUUCCAUUAUAGAGAUAAGCUGAAUGCAAAAGGAGAAGCAAUUUUUAAUUUAGUUCUUGUGGUAAUGUUCUGGCUAGUCUUCCUACUCAUAAUCCUUUCAUAUAUUAAGAUCGGCAAGAAUCUAUUGAGGAUUUCUAAAAGGAGGUCGAAAUUUCCUAAUUCUGGCAAAUAUGCCACUACAGCCCGGAAUUCCUUUAUUGUGCUUAUCAUUUUUACUAUAUGUUUUGUUCCCUAUCACGCCUUCCGAUUUGUCUAUAUUUCUAUACAGCUAAAUGUGUCAUCUUGUUAUUGGAAGGAAAUCGUUCACAAAACCAAUGAGAUCAUGCUGGUUUUCUCAUCUUUCAAUAGCUGCUUAGAUCCAGUCAUGUAUUUCCUGAUGUCCAGUAAUAUCCGCAAAAUAAUGUGCCAACUUCUUUCUAGAGGAUUUCAAGGGGAAUCGAGCAGGAGUGAAAGCACGUCGGAAUAUAAACCAGGAUACUCCCUUCAUGAGAUGUCGACUGCAGCUAAGAUCCACACUAUUUCUUAAAGCACUGGGGCUAAACAUAUUAAAAAGCCUCUUAAUUCCUUGAAGAACUAAAAAAUUACAAAACAAAACUCUAGCAUUUAUAAGGCUUAGAUCUUCUCAAAGCUCUUUUCUUCUUUGUGAUAUUUCAUUUGCUUAAUUAUAAAAUAUUUCAAGAAAAAGAAAAGCUUACGCUUAUCACUAGAUUUUAAAUCUGCAUGUAAAUCUUUUCAAAAUAUAUUGUGAAGCUAACACUCAUGACAUAGAUUAUAAAGUUAAGUGAAAUUUAUGGCUUUAACAAUAGAAUAAUUAAAGGAAAUGUUAGUUUCUCAAGUCACUAAAGUAGUUACUGAAAAUUAAGCAUCUGAUACUAAUUUAAAGUGUGUUUAAAGUUAAAUGAUUUGAGGACUGAUUUAAAAUGUCAGAAAAUAUAUGUUGAGUGCCACUUAAGCUUGUAAAUUUGCCGCUGUAUUCAUUGAUGCCUAUCUCUCUAUAAUAAAUGAAAUGAUAAUAAACUUCUAAUAAAAAAUG